AUGUCAUUUCCAAAUUUCAUGUCUUCCUUUUGUAGUCUAAAUUUUUGUUCUAAAAUGUAUAAUUUCGCGUUUUUUGUUUGUGUGUUCUGCUCAUUGCUUAAAUUAUCAGACCAGUCGCCGUAUUAUCAAUGCGACGAUCCCAUAUUUUGCUCUGGAAAGGUUCUCCACACUGUACAGUCCCUUAGGAUUUUUCGUCAUUCCAAAACGUUCGUUGAUCUGAAGAUGGCCAAUACGCCAGAUGUUAUUUUGCAGAAUUUCGACAUAUUCAUGUUUAAGAACGCGCAUAAACCUAGCGCAGCCAGUGUCAGAAAAUUCUUGAGAGAAAAUUUCGCUGAUGGUGACGAACUGGAGUCAUGGGUGCCUGCUGAUUUUAGAAGUAACCCUAGCUGGUUGCAGAGGAUAAAAGAUACUAGGAUAAGAAAAUUUGCUUAUGAUUUGUUGCAAGUUAUACCUAAAAUAACGAGACGAGUAAGACAAAACGUCCUAGACCAUCCCAUUCAUUACUCUUUCAUAGCUGUACCAAAUGGUUUUGUGGUACCUGGAGGAAUAAACAAGGAGUCUUAUUAUUUAGAUAGCUAUUGGAUUAUAAAAGGCUUGCUGGUGAACGAUAUGACGAGUACUGUCAAAGGUAUGCUGAACAAUUUCAUACUGAUGGAGAAGAAGUACGGUUACAUACCAAGAGGAACAAGAAUAUAUUAUUGUAACAAUUGGCAACCUCCUGUUUUGAGUCUUCUGGUUGAUCUCUACAUGAAACGUACCAAUGAUAUAUAUUGGUUGCAAGAGAAUAUCGAUGUGUUAGAUCACGAGCUUAGGCACUGGCUCAAUUACAGAUGUUUCGAGCUGACCAGAAAUGGUAAAGUCUACACUUUAGCCAGGUAUACCAACAGUAACCCAAACCCAAGACCUGACAAAUAUUUCCUGGAUUACAACUACUGCUCCAUCUUUAACACGACGGAAGAAGUCAAGACUUGCUAUACCAACAUAAAAGCCCCUGGUGGUUCUGGAUGGUACUAUCCACAAAGGUACAUAUUCGAUGAGAAUUGUAGUACAAAUGCAAGUGUUGCUUACACCUAUCCCAGGAGGGUAUUGCCAGUGGAUCUAAACGUUUAUCUGUGCAAAAGUUUCCAGGUCAUGUCUCAAUUUUAUGAAAAAAUUAACGACCACCAAAACUCUACAUUCUAUAGAAACAAAUACGAACACUGGGUGAGAAGCAUACAGAAGAUUCUUUAUUCACCAAGUGAUGGUAUAUGGUUCGACUAUGACAUUGGACAACACAAGAGACGACCCUAUUGUUAUCCAACAAAUUUUGCACCUCUUUGGGCAGAAAUCUUCGAUACAAGAUUGGCCCCAAAGAUGGGUAAGAAAGCUCUGGGUUACUUCAAGAAGAUGAACAUGAUGCCCUUCAGGGGUAGUUCAGAGGGUGAACCGCUGCCAGGACACGAUUUGAUGAAGAUGUUCAUGCCGUUUAAGCACAUGGUAGCGCUGGCUCUGUACAAUUCCGGCGAUGCGGAAGCUAAAGAUUACGCCAGGGAGUUUAUGAGACGGUGGCUGAUCCAAAGCAUAGAUUGCGAGUGUUGCAAGUACGACAUUUAUGAUGAUGUCGAUUUGAGAAGUACGGAAUUCAGAUGGGGAUGCGGAUGGGUUGUUGUGUGCUCAUUAGAUCUCAUCGACACUUUUUUCAUACAAUCGAAUUUGCAGGUUCCCACUGAAUAAUUUCAACAAAAUCGGUUUUUAUUUUAUAUUUAUUUGUGUGUUCAGUUAUAACAUCUGUUAUGUGUGAAUUUCAAGUAUUGACUGUCUUGCAAUGGAUGAAAUGGAGUAGCAAUAAAACUUGAAAAUUAA